AUAUCACGUCUAUUGCCUAUACGAGGCGAAUUGGAAGAGCUGAGUAUUCGUUUGCGCAUUUGCUGCGGAACCGCAUACGGACCUCCGCAAUGGCCGACGACACUUUCGAUCGAAGAGAAAGUGCAAGCCAACAACCACACAUCUACCGCCCUAUACCGCGGCGAAACUUCGAUUCGCAAGCCCCCUGCGACACAGCAGACAGUCCUACCCACGCUUUCUCACACACGCAACAACCGCACUCGCCCUCGGAUCUGCAGAACAGCCGCAGCUCAGACUUUCUCGCUCAGCUGAACGCGCGCCUCCUCCGCACAUACAACUCUCGCACGGAUGAUGCCCCCGAGUCGCCCGUCGACGGCACUGGCAGUGCGCGGCUGCCGCGCCAGAAUAAAAGCUUCUUGAACAUGAAUAGCAGCACGCUCUUCGGGAUUUACGACGACGUAGGCGCAAGCACAAACGGCGCGCAAAGCGUCGCUGAAACACCAUGGGGCACGGGCGCAGAGACACCGGGACAUACGGCGAUGGGGUGGAAUGCGAGUGUGUAUGAGACCGGCACGGGCGGUGCGGAUGCAGGGCUCAGCAUGAAGAACUCCGCGCGCCGGGGCAGUGGGAAGGGGAAAGUGGCUGCUGAGAGGAGGAGAAGUAGUCAGACGAGGAGGGCGAGGAGUGGUGUGGCCAGGUACGCUGUGCUGUUCUUCAAGCUGGCGGCGCUGUUCACGUUUGGGGUUUUGUAUGGCACGAUUGUGAGCCAUUUGCAUGACACGCGACACAAACCCGGACUCUCGUUCUCGCUCAUCGUAACUUCAAUAUUUACAUCGCUCAUGUUCCUCUCCAACCCUACGGCCUUGCUUUCGCCAUCUGCACCGCCCGAUGCCAACGCUACGCACGCGCCUUCGAUACCCAACCAUAGACCGGAUCUGUUUGCUGGAAUCAUUAGCUACGACAACCUGGCAGUCGUCACGUGGGUGGGAAGCGUGCUGUUUUGCAGUUGUGUGUGCUUUGGGAAUAUUGGGCGGAGGCUGGCGCUGUUGGAGGGUGGGUGGAAGAGGUGAUUGUGCAUCAAGAAGAUGUGUGGUUGUAAGGGAAGACGUGUUGGAUCUCCGCACUGUAGGAUCAAAAGUGUUAGAGGUAUUGAGGGUAGAUUAAAUGAGAUGCUGGAUAUCCUACGGGAUCCAGCCGUACGAGGAUCGAAUCGUUGCACUCUAGCCCGCGGUGUCAUUGGCGCUCUCCAGGGCUGAGCUGGCUGAAGUGAGGAGUUCCUGCCUUUCAGAGCUGAC